UUUUUGUUUCCUCUACGUGUAAACAUGUAAUUGACAAAUCCAGUAACAAAAGGAAAACUAGAGAGAUAGAAAUAAUACGACUUUGGAGUUUCUAAACUGUUUUAUAAAGAUGAAAGCACAUAGAGAUAAUAGAUGUCACAAUAAUAAGUAAAAAGUGGGUUUCUUGACCCAAAAGAAAUGCUGAUCGCUCCUCUUCGUCUUGUCUUCUUCCUUCUGCUCUCAUCCAUUUGUUUGUCACAGAUCAAAGCUGAUGAAAGCGACUUGGGAGAUCAUAUCAAAGUAGACCCGAAACUCAAGUUCGAGAACCCGAAGCUACGUGAAGCCUACAUUGCUCUCCAAUCAUGGAAACAAACAAUCUUCUCCGACCCUUUCAACUUCACAGCCACCUGGAACGGCUCAGAUGUUUGCUCCUACAACGGAAUCUACUGUGCUCCUUCUCCAAACUCAUACCCCAAAACCAGAGUCGUCGCAGGCAUUGACCUCAACCACGCCGACAUGGCUGGUUACUUGCCUGCCGAGCUUGGUCUCCUUUCUGAUCUCGCUCUCUUCCACCUGAACUCAAACCGUUUCUGCGGUGAAGUCCCCCUCACGUUCAACCGCAUGAAGCUUCUCCACGAGCUUGAUCUUAGCAACAACAGAUUCGUUGGGAAGUUCCCUAGCGUUGUCCUCUCUUUGCCUUCCCUUAAGUUCUUGGAUCUCCGCUUCAACGACUUUGAAGGCAUGAUCCCUUCAAAGCUCUUCGACAGAAAGCUCGACGCUAUCUUCUUGAACCAUAACAGGUUUCGGUUUGGGAUCCCCGACAACAUGGGGAACUCUCCGGUCUCAGCUCUGGUUCUUGCGGACAACGAUCUUGGAGGAUGUAUACCAGGAAGUAUAGGUCAAAUGGGGAAAACACUCAACGAGCUUAUCCUCUCCAACGAUAACUUAACCGGUUGUUUACCUCCUCAGAUAGGAAACCUCAAGAACGUGACGGUUUUCGACAUCAGUUCGAACACUCUACGUGGUUUGUUACCGUCUAGCAUCGGCAACAUGAAGAGCUUAGAGGAGCUUCACGUGGCUAACAAUGGCUUCUCGGGACUCAUUCCUCCGAGUAUAUGCCAGCUUCCUAACCUUGAGAACUUCACCUACGCUUCCAACUUCUUCACCGGUCGUGCUCCUAUAUGCGCAGCGUUAUCUGUAACCGAGGCCCUUGUGAACGGUUCCAUGAACUGUAUUGCUGGUAUGGCUAGUCAAAGAUCGGUUAAAGAGUGUUUAUCUCUGCUAGCACGUCCUGUUGAUUGCAGUACGUUUGGUUGUUUCAACAUCUUCUCUCCACCACCGCCGACGUUCAAGAUGGCGCCUGCUGUUCGGAUGCUUCCUCCACCGAUUUACGUUUACACUUCGCCUCCACGACCGUCGUCCAAGAUGUCGCCUACCGUCAGAGCAUACUCUCCACCACCACCAGCAUCACCAUCUCCUCCACCGCCUUAUGUAUACUCAUCUCCUCCACCUCCGCCUUACAUAUACUCAUCUCCGCCUCCUCCAAGUCCACCACCGCCGUGUCCCGAAUCAUCUCCGCCACCGCCUGUUGUAUUCUAUGCACCCGUGACGCCGAGCCCGCCACCACCAUCACCAGUAUACUAUGCACCAGAAACACAAAGUCCACCAUCACCGAUUUACUAUCCGUGGGAAACAUCAAGUCCACCACCACCAUCACCGGUUUACUAUCCAUGGGAAACACCAAGUCCUCCACCACCAACUGAGUACUACUAUUCACCAAGCCAGUCUCCGCCGCCAGCAAAGGGAUGUAAAGACAGUCAUCCUCCCCAAGCAUCACCAAGUUAUGAACCAGCUCCUGAAUAUUCUUACACAACACCACCUCCUCCUUCCUACCCCGACACGACUCUUCCACCAAUUCCAAGUGUCUCCUAUGCUUCCCCUCCUUACUACUAGUUACAAACCACUGAGAGAGAGAGGAGAAAAUGCAUUGCCUUAUGAUUAACUACUCACAAUUACAUUCUUUUGGCUACGAGACUAUAAUUUGUGUGUGGUUAAUACUCGAGUUAGUCUUUCCAUUUUUUCUUUGUGGAUAUUUUGUUCUUUUUUCUUUGCCUAACACAGAGAGUACAGAGUUUUUUCUA